AUGAAGGUAAAGAUUGUUCACAACUCGCAGAAACUCUUUAACAUUAAUGUCACCGAGAAGACGACCAUCAAAGACCUGAAGCAGGCCAUUAGUCGAAACAUCGGCUUGCCACCUGAGGAUCAAGUUCUCACUGUUCGUGGAAUUUUCCUCGAAGAUGAGCAUUCUCUUGGCGACUAUCGGCUUCCUAAGCCCGAUAUGGUUGCUCCUAUCGUUCUUUACCAACGAGCAAGUUAUAGAAAGCCAACAUCUAUUCGCGUCUCUGUUUCUGCCGACAAAACUGUUUACCUGUCGAUCUGUCUAGAUUCUAAAGUAAGCGAAUUGCGUUCAGCUAUUGAGGAGAAGCUGAACAUCUCUACGAAUGAGACCUCUGAGAUGCGCCUUAUCUUUGACCAUUGGAUUCUGGAAGAUAGCGAAGUUUUGGAGCAUUACGGUAUCAAAAAGAAUUCAUGUAUUGUUGUCGCUAGACGUUUUGUUGGUAGUCCUCUUAAUGAUGCAGAGGAACACUCGAAAAAGUUAUCCAGGCAAAGUGAUGUGGUACCUAAAAUAAGGCUAAAUAUUAUGACUCGUGAUGGCGAGGUCUUUGAUUUCUCUUUCGUGAAGAAGGUCACGCUCUGUGAAGUUGUUGGAGAGAUAGAGAGGAAAACUGGCAUUCCCGCGGCGCAUCAAAUCUUUACUCUACGAGAAGAUCUUCCACACGUGACCGAUCUGACGAAGAGCCUGGAGGAACUCGGCCUCAACGAUGGCGACACAGUGUACCUGGCAGACGCUCGUUCUACUAACAAUGAAGUCAAAAGGAACGCGCCACAGAGUCCCAGCAGUACUACGAUGGUGCUGCACUUCAGGGACAGGCAAAAUGCCUUUUCCAUUCCGAUGUCCCAUGAGGCCACAGUGCAGGAUGCGAUGGAUUCAUUGAGAAGGGAGAUUAGUGGGAAUCCUGGUCCCCUUUGGUUGAAAAACACAGUGGAUGGGAAUUACAUGCAAGACUAUGGGACACGGUUGUCUGAUCUCGGUCUAAAAGAUGGCAUGACUAUUGAGUAUGUGUAUCUUCCAGCCAAAACAGAAUGGACUUCGAAAUGA